CGUCAAACAGUCGAUACUUGACACGGUUGAAAUUAUCACGAUACACAUACACACACUUGGGUCAACGAGUUAUCGUGAAUACAGAGCCUGUAGACACGUCAUUUCGUGUCAGUAGGCGGGAAUCGUAUAUACACUCGUCGCGUAUUUACCAAAUGGUCUCUGAAAACCAAUAAAUAACGAUGUGUAAGAUCGAUAACAGCGCGAUAUUCCGGGAUAUCUCGUGUAGAGGCGAAAACACCUGGUUAAGCUUAAACCAACGUUUCUAAAGAGACCCCGAAGAGAGGCGACGACGGAUCAAAUGGUUGGUUUUGAUCAAAGUCUGCGAGUACAGAGUUUUCGACGUGAUAAAAAUCUCGCACGCGCCCCACGUCAAUUGGAAAACGUCAAGGAUCUAAGGUGCGCGAUGUUCUACCUGGACGGAAGAGGAAGUGCCGCCGCAAAACACGACUCGUCCUCGUCAAACGAGGAGGAAAAUUUCGGUUGGUGGCUGCACAACGAUUGGGAAAUCGUGGUAUCGCAUCGCGGUAAGGAUCAUCCAUCAUCCGGUCCGAAGCUGUCCACCUGCGUCGAUUCGGACGAUUCGGACAGCCACAACUUCGUCCAGGAUGUGUCGCGACAGGAACAAGAAGGAAGCGGAAACUGUUCGGAAAAGAUCGAGCUGAGCUCGUUCUCGCGGGACGAACUGGAGCUAGAUGUCGAUUUAAUCGAGAAAGACACCAAGGAAACGAUGAGUGGCUGGUCCAUGGCUGAAGACAGCAGCAUGAGGGAAGAAGUCAAGGCUAUUUGCUACACACCGGAAAGACUGAUCCGAGCUCAAGAAUACAAGAUACUCGUACCGUCUCCUCGUCACUUUACCUUCUCACAAACGAGACUCCGAUCGGGGAACAAGAGCGGAGAAUGGAAGUCUCGUCGUUGCCGAAAACAGUUGGACCGGCUUAUUGAUUCCAAGCAAAUUGGUGCAACGCAGUUAAGAGUGCUUCUGAACAUACCGGAUAUAAGAACACAUGGGCAGGUUUCCUCUAUUUUCGAACGGGUUAAUGGUGAUUUAAAUUCAUCGAUGAAAUCGAGCGAUGAUCAUCAUUUGGCCGAUCAAGAUCGCAGUACAGGAACGUUCAGCAGCAGCAGGUCGAGCUACGACAGACUGAAUUCUACCUGGGACGACUGCAAGGAUCUGAUAAGUCGGCCAGUCUCUCUCGAGGACACUUCCGGUAUACAAAGCUACGAUUGGAGCUUGGAGAUGCAGAGCGAAGCGCGAAGCACGCCGAUGUGUCUCUGCGACGAGCUGGCAAUCGCAUCGAGAGAUCAAUGUAUCGUAAAUUUUGGAAACGACCGAGAUAUCACCAUCAACGAAGUAACAUCUAUCCUCGAGAAUCUACAAAGCGAUCCCGAAAAGACAAAGAUCCUCCUGGAGGAAGAUUCCUUAUGCACGUCCUCUCAUGACCGGUUAACCAGAUUGGCCCUCGCCAUAGAAACAGAUGCCGAAGUACCAUCGACGGUUUCCGAGUCGAAUAAUUGGAUACACCAUCUUCGCGAUAAGAUAGAACGGCUGGAGCUCGGCAAUAAAGAGAUGCACAGAAACAUAUACGGUUUACGUACAAAUUUUCAAUGCGACGAGAAGAAAGCGGUCAACUUGUCGAGUGACACAACGAAGCUGAUAGAAGACAUUCAUGAGUUGCGAUAUUUCGAUGAUCUGUUGAAGCUCCUAGAAGGGGAACUUGAAAGGAUCUCCAAUAGAAAUUGGCCAUUUGUUCUGGGACACAGCGAGCCUCACGAAGAAAUGAAUCUAAUCAUUUGAUUAUGAUCUCAAAGACCGUCAUAGAUUUCGAGGAUCGUGAUUACAAUCUCAAAGGUCAUCGUAAAUGUUCAGGUAAAAUCUUCUUCGCAAAGAGAAUGCAAAUGAUAGAUUCUUACAACUUUUUCUUUUUGAUUGAGAUUCAUGAAAGAAAAGCCGCUCUUUUUUCGGCUCGGUGACUUAAAUAUCUAAUGGGAAAGUCUGAUCCAGAAUAAUUAAAAUACGUGAAUAAUCUUUUAAAGUAAAGUAUAAUUAGCACAAGAAAUCGAAUUGUAAGAAUCUCGAAUUCCAAAGCAAACGAGAUAAUCUCCUUUCAGUGAUAUUUUUAAACAAUUUCGUGAUAUUUUGUCGAGAGCAAAAUGAAUCUCAUAUGAUAAAUAAUUAUUAAGCUCGGUAAAUAUUGCAAUUUAACAUACA